AUGUCACCCGAAUAUGCAUUAUGGGGUUACUUAACCUAUAAAGCAGAUGUCUAUGGUUUGGGGAUUGUUGCACUGGAAAUUGUUAGUAGGAAGAGCAUCAUGAAAUAUCGACCAAAAGAUAAUUGCGUAUGCCUUGUAGAUUGGGCUCUUGAUCUACAAAGAAAUGGUAAUCUAAUGGAGCUAGUGGAUCCAAAGUUGGGUUCCAAGCUAAAAAAUGAGGAAGCUAUUAGAAUGAUCAAAGUAGCUCUCUUAUGCACUAAUGCAUCACUAGCAUUUAAACCCACCAUGUCUGCAGUAGUAAGCAUGCUCGAAGGCCAAAUCAUUGUUGAUGAAGUCACCAUGGAUCCGAAUAUAUAUGGCGAUGAAUUGGGGUUUAGUGCCUUAAAAGACCGGUUUGAACAACUCCAACCAGCACCAAUGAGCACAAGUGGAUUAGAGAGCCUUAUGCAUUCAUCAUAUAUGACUUGGGCUAGAUCUUCUUCUACAUCUGCCUAA